GCAAAGGAUAGAUAGACACAGGAGAGAUGGAGGUCAAGGCGGAGGACACGCUCAAGAAGGCGGCGGCGGCGUCCUCGGGCGCGCUGCUCACGUCGCUGUUCGUGACGCCGCUGGACGUGGCCAAGGUGCGCAUCCAGUCGCAGAUCCACUCGCCCCCCGUGGCCGCCGUGACCCACUCGAGCAUCGCCACGUCCGUGGCCACGGCCGCCGAGCAGUGCCGCUGCCGCAGUCGCUGCGCGUGCAGCCGCUGCCUCACGCGCCCCGUGGAGAAGCUGCAGGCCUCGAGGCGCGGGCUGCCGGCCAUGCGCAUGUCGUGCUCGCGGGCCGUGGCGCCGCUGCAGCUGCAGGGCACGUCGCACGCGCUGCGCCACAUCUUCCAGACGGAGGGGCUCAAGGGCCUGUUCGCGGGCCUGUCCCCCGCCAUGGUCAUCGCGGUGCCAUCCACUGUGCUCUACUACAUGUCGUACGACCUGCUGCUGCACGAGGGCCGCCAGAGGCUCCCGCACAUGGAGGGAGUGGUGCCGCUGAUGGCCGGCACCACGGCGCGGAUCGUCGCGGCGUCCAUUACGUCGCCCAUUGAGCUCAUCAGGACCCGGAUGCAGGGCGACAAGGCGGGGGCCAGUAUUGCGGCCACGUUCCAGCAGGCUGUGCGCCGCGGAGGAUACGCGUCGCUGUUGAAUGGACUUGGAGCCACGUUGGCUCGGGACGUCCCGUUCUCCGCGAUCUACUGGACGUCCUACGAGAACCUGCAGCGACGGAUGAGCUCGGUGGAAGAUCUGACGAGGACACAGAGGGCGUUCGCGUGUGGAGCGGUCUCGGGGGCCAUUGCGGCCACGAUCACGACCCCCUUCGAUGUGGUGAAGACGCUGCAGCAGGUGUCCAUGACGGCGCAGGGAUCGCAGCCAUCCGGCAUGGUGGUGCUCAGACAGGUGGUCGCUAGCAAGGGCGUGGGCGGAGCCUUCACGGGUCUCAGUGCGCGCCUCGCGCGCGUGGCGCCGUCCUGCGCCAUCAUGAUCUCGUGCUACGAGCUCGGGAAGGAAAAGCUCGGCAUCGCAUGAGACGCUGACAAAGGUCACUCAUCACAGCCGGAAGUCGAGCUGGGCAGAGCAGAGCGCGGCUGAAUGGGCGAGAUGAGUGACCGUGUGUGGUCAAUGUGAAUGGAAACGUAGGUCCGAUAUUUAAACUAAUAUACAAGCUGCGGGCCUGCUUUGAUCCUGGG